AUGGCAACUGAAGAGCAUAAUGUCGCAAAGGCUGAAGAGUUUAAAGUCCUUGCUAAUGAAGCAUUCAAAGAUCGGAAAUUUUCCCACGCUAUUGAUCUAUAUACACAAGCAAUUGAGCUAAACAGUCAAAGUGCAGUUUACUAUGCUAAUCGUGCCUUUGCUCAUCUCCGGCUUGAGGAAUAUGGUAGCGCAAUAUUAGAUGCUACAAAGGCUAUUGAAGUUGAUCCUAAAUAUUCAAAGGGAUAUUACAGGUGA